AUGUCUCUCAUCUCUUCUUCGUCCAUGCUUCCACAUCGCUCCACGGAAUCUACAGCCAUGUCGAUCUCAGAAGAUAUAGCGGCGUCGCUGGGAGUGGCUCCGUCAUUGAUCACCCUCCUGCUCUGCCUCUUCUCGUCCGUCCCCGCGGCGCUGGUCGUGCGCUUCCUCCCCGGCGCGACGCUGAAGCAUCUCUACAGCAUUGCAGCCGGAGGGGCUCUCUGCUGGGUGGCGUAUGGCGGCCUUCACGCGAGCCUCAACUUCUGGGGCCUAACCCUCGCGUCGUACGCGCUCAUGCUCGUCCUUCCUCGCAAGUGGAGCGGCUACGGCGUGCUCUUCGGCUCCUUCACCUACCUCACCUACUGUCACAUAAGCAACCUGGGAGCGGACGUGUGGAGGCAGGGAGGAGUGGACUUCACGGGCACACUCAUGGUCUUCACACUCAAGAUCGCCAGCUGUGCCAUGGACUACCAGGACGGCGCACUGCCGGAGGAUAAGGCGCAGCACCGCAUGUACAGCAACCGGCUGAAGCGGAUUCCAUCUGUAGUGGAGUUUGUGUCGUUUGUGUUCUUCCCAGGCGCCGUGCUGGUGGGGCCCGUCUUCAACUUCAAGCAGUACCAGGCGUACGCCGCUGGGCGAGGGCUAUGGUCGCCCUCUGGGGCCGUGGUGCCAAGCAAGGCAGCCGACACCAGCAAGGGGGAGGAGGGUGAUCAGGCACAGAACGGAAACGGGGAGGCGGACAGGUUGACGGGCGAGAGCAAGGGCGAGGGGAAGCUAAGUAAGAUGCCGGAGCCGCUGCCGUAUGCGGCGCAGGCGCUGGGGAAGGCGAUUAUCUGCCUGGCGAUGCACCACUUCCUGUCUCAGCACUUCAGCCCCGCCCUGCUCUUCGAACCCCGCUUCCUCACCUACGGGUUUGCAUACAAGUGGUACUGCCUGGUGAUGGCGGGUAUCUGCUUCCGCUGCUCCUACUACUUCAUCUGGAGUGUGGCAGAGGCUGCUGUGAUCCUCUCUGGAUUCGGCUUCUCCGGCUGGACCGACUCCUUCCCCUCGCGCCCAGACUGGAGCCGGGCAGAGAACGCCAAUUUCAUCAAGUGUGAGAUCACCACGAGUCUGGCGCAGAUGCCUGCCUACUGGAACAUGGGCGUCGGCACUUGGCUGCGCACAUACGUGUACGACCGCGUGACACCUCGAUCCGGCAAGCCCACCAUGUGGACGCUCGUUUUCACUCAAGUCGUCUCCGCGCUCUGGCAUGGUCUACACCCGGGCUAUUACCUCUUCUUUGUCAACGCCGCCAUCGGCCAACACACCUCCAAGCAGGUGUUCCGGCACACGGCAGCAGCGUUCCCAAAGCCGUCAGCAGCAGUGAAGGUCACCAUCGACGUGCUGCAGGCCAUCUUCAAGCAGCUUAUCGUGAACUACUCCAACGCUGGCUUCCUGGUGCUGCAAUCGGGGCAGACCAUCGCGGUGUGGCGAUCGCUCUUCUUUAUGGGCACCAUCGUCCCCAUUCUUCUCAACGUGCUGCUCUCACUCAUGCCCCACAUCCCUCUUGCGUCCCAUCCCCCCCUCCCAGGUGCUGCAAUGGGGGCAGACCAUCGCGGUGUGGCGGUCGCUCUUCUUCAUGGGCACCAUCGUCCCCAUCCUUCUCAACGUGCUGCUUUCCGUCAUUCCCACUCGUUCCCGGCGCCACAAGAAGGCCGAGUGAUCUCUGAUCGAAAUGCGCUGCCGCUCUCACUCGUGCGCAUGCGCUCCCGGGCUCCUGGCUCAACAAUAUGCGCCAUGUUGUCGCGCCAUCUCGGUCGCAAGGCCGCGGAUCUCGGGAUCGCGCGGUCCCCGGCGCUGCUGCGAUCGAUCGCAACCGUUCCUAUCGCCGACCGCCAUGCGAUCCUGUCGCCGCCGUCCCUCACGCCCGUUCCGUCCUCCAUUGCCGAUUCGCCUGCAGCGAUCACAUCCCCUCCCCACUUCAGCUUCUCCCGAGGCUUCGCAGCAGAUGCAGCACUCACCACGGCGCCGCCCAUCACCCCUACAGAGCUCGCACUCAAGACCCCCUCCGCCACCAUCACCUACGACCAGACCAUUCAUGAGCGCCUGCCGCCCGGCGACCCGUCCAAGCGUGCCUUCACCUACCUCGUCCUCACCGGCGGCCGAUUCAUCUACGCCUCUGCUCUCCGCCUGCUCGUGCUGAAAUUCAUCCUCAGCAUGAGUGCUAGUAAGGAUGUGCUUGCGUUGGCUUCUCUCGAAGUGGACCUUGGGAACAUCGAGUAUGGUAACACAGUUACCGUGAAGUGGCGCGGGAAGCCGGUGUUCAUCCGCCGCCGCACGCCUGCUGACGUGGCCAAGGCCAAUGAUGUGAACCUCGCGGAGCUUCGGGACCCCGAGCCUGAUUCGGUCCGGGCGCCGAACCCAGAGUGGCUGGUUGUGAUUGGCGUGUGCACGCAUCUGGGGUGCGUGCCGCUGCCGAAUGCGGGGGAUUAUGGCGGCUGGUUCUGCCCGUGCCACGGGUCGCACUAUGACAUCUCGGGGCGUAUUCGCAAGGGCCCGGCUCCCACCAACCUGGAAGUGCCGAGUUACAAGUUUUUGGAUGAAACCAAGGUGCUGGUCGGCUGA